GAUGCCCUCAAAACACUUUACUAAAAUAUACUCUGUCAUUUAAUCAGUCUAAUUAGGGAAAAUAUCAACACCGGCCACACAUUGUCCUAGGGAGCUGCAGACUGAAAUCGUCAUGUAAAUAUUCGCGGCGUAAGUUUGUGUUUUUAAUAGAUGAACAGCGCGAGCUCGGUGACUCAUUAUCUUGUUUGUUUGGGAUCCGGUAGAUUUUGUGACUGGAGGCAGAAUGAUACACUGAUAUCUCCCAUUUGCAGAUCUAAGCAAGGCACACAAAGAAGAUGGACAGCUAUGGGUUCUCCAGUGAUAUGUUCAGCGGGAGAGCAGUUUUGGGGGAAGACAGCUCGGUCAUGGCCCGAAUGCAGAAGAAGUUCUGGAAGACCAAGCAGGUUUUGAUCAAGGUCACUGGGAAAAAGGAAGAUGAGCAUGUGGUUGCAUCUGAUGCAGACCUGGAUGCUAAACUUGAGUUUUUCCAUUCAGUCCAGAGCACUUGCACAGAACUUCUGAAAGUGAUUGAGAAAUACCAGCGAAGAAUCACACACCUCUCUCAGGAUGAGAAUGAGCUUGGGCUGUUUCUGCGCUUCCAAGCAGAGCAUGAUAAAACAAAGGCAGGCAGUAUGAUGGAUGCCACUAGUAAGGCACUCUGCUGCUCUGCUAAGCAAAGGCUGGCUCUGUGUCCCCCUCUCCAUCGAAUGGAACAGGAAGUGGAGACGUUCCGGAGGAGAGCCAUUGUUGACACUCUGCUGACAGUGAGCCGAAUGGAAAAGGCCCGGACUGAGUACCGUGGAGCUCUGCUCUGGAUGAAGGAUGUCUCGCAAGAACUGGACCCAGACACCUACAAACAGCUGGAAAAAUUUCGCAAGGUUCAGGCCCAGGUAAGAGGGACAAAAGUGCAGUUUGAUAAGCUGAAGAAUGACGUUUGUCAAAAAGUGGACAUGCUGAGAGCCAGCCGCUGCAACAUGCUGUCACAUUCCUUAUGCACAUACCAGACAAUGCACCUACAGUACUGGGAGAAGACUGCACACAUGAUGUCUGGCAUCCAUGAUGCCUUCAAAGGAUAUGUACCAUACCAGUUCACUACCCUUAAAGAACUGAGAGAUCCACUGGACCAGAUUGCUUCCGAACAGCCAGCAGAGGACAGCAAAGACAAGGACAAGAAGACCCAUCCAGACAAUCUUGUGUCACUUGAAGAUGAACAGCUGUGUGAAUCAUCCAAGACUGUUCCUUCUCAUGCUGUAGAUGGACAGAGUAGAGGAUCUGACAGUUCUUUGUGUGCCAGCCUGGAUUCUGCCUUGAAUGAACAAUUAGGCCCCUUUGGUGAAGCUAGCACAGAUGAUGACCUCCUAUUCAUGACCUGUGACUCUGCCCCGAUCAUGAUCCCUUCCCUCACUCCAGCUUUGACCCCAACCCGAAACCCGGCCAUGUCUGCUGUGCAGCCUCACAUAUUGCAGGAGGCCACUGUUCAGUGGGAUUUAGGUGCCUCACAUGAGGAAAAGCAGAAAGCCUUACUCAGCACUGUACAACCGGAAAUAGGCAGAGAUCUGUUGUCUGAGGUUUUACACUCUGGUGAGGUGAAAGAAGAGGAAGGAGAGAGAGGAGAUUGGACAUUCCUGCAAGAUCUGCUAAGUCCUGGUGCCACAGGUGGUGCUAGUGAGUUCAGUAAGGUGUGGCAGGAUGCUUUCGGCUGUUUUGAGGCCCCUCCUGCUCCAGUUGUUCCCACCUCAUCACAAGCAGAAACAUCAAACACACCCACCGGCUUCCUGCCAUCUCAUCUCCUGGACCACAGCCUCAGCACCACAGGAUGGGCGACACCACCCAUGUUUCAAGCCCCACCUCUCCAAACACCGCCUUGUGGAGGACAAACUCAGCCUGUCCAGAAUAGUCCAAACUCUUUGGUUAAUGCUGCUAAAGGAAGUUCCAGGGACAUGUCUGCGUGGUUCAACCUCUUUGCAGAUCUGGACCCUCUGUCAAACCCAGAUGCUAUUGGACGCAGUGAUCAGGAGCUCCUCAAUGCCUGAGUGAGUGAAGGUUUGAAGCUGGAUAUCAUCCAAAUUAUUCUCUCUACCCAUGAGAGAUCCUUGAUUUGGAGCUUGAACAUUACCUUUUCCUUAAACGAUUCAACCUGAGCCAAGGAAGGAUAUACUGUAGAAUACUGUCCAUAUUAAUUAUGGGAAUGUCGCUUUACAUCUUUCAAAGUGUGUGUGAAUGUGUGCAUCUACUGUAUGUUCAGACAAUGAAGGGUAAAAUGUUAGACUUCUCUAUAUCACUAAAAAGUGUUGUUACAUGGGUAGGGAUAAACCUAUACGAGUCUGUAAAUACAAAAUAUCUCAAAUGGGGGUUUUGCUAGAAGACAGGGGUCAUGAGUUUUAAAUAUCCAGAAACAGGGUUACAGAUUUAUUACACCUAUUAUAGAUUACAGACUGUAUUUUACAGAUUAUAUACAGAUAGUUACGCAUGCGUCACAAAUUUUUAUUUUUGGACUCCCUUUCACUUGAUUAGUUUAAUGGUGAACAAUAAAACCAAUAAAUGAAAUUAUUUAUUGAUACCAUAAAAGAGUGUUACUGUAAACUACAUAUGCAAGUCAUGUGCUGUGCCAUUAGUUAAAUGAAAAUAAGAUGGUAUAAUGGAGCUAAUAAUAUGCGAAGCAUUCACAGUGACAAAAAUGCUAUAAUACACUCAAAGAGAAUUAUGUUUUUCACUGUUACACUGUGCUGCAAAACACUGGAAAUAAUUCUCUGUUUGUUUGUGAUAUUUUUUUUGUAUGUUAUUUUGAGCGCCAGAAAACCUGGCAACCCCUUCCCCUAAUCAAAAGAAACAUGACACUUUUCAGAUUACUCCAGAUAACUGUAAUCUUGACUCAUCAGGAGUAAGUUUAUCUGUAACUAUGACCAAUCUUUAUAUUGUAUAAAAACAAAUCUAAUUAUUGCUUGCACUAAACUGUCUCCGAGGGCCAUCUCGGAUGGUUCCAGAAUGUAUCUUGUCUGUUUUGAUAACUUGUUUGUUUACACUCAAUAGCUUAUGUAGGUAUCUAACCAUGAGACAUUUCAAAUGGAUAUGUCUCCAUAUUUGACAAGCACAUAUUUCUCUCUUUUUGUGCAGUUUAAUGUUUUGAGGUGUCACUUUCUGUACUAGAAAUCAUUUCCAUGCGUUUGGAGCUAUAUGUUGCAACAUUAUUGUAACAUUUUGUUCCUUGUCUUUUUUAAAACUUUGUAUGAAAAGAAUGUACACUGCACCAUUCACAGCUGCUUUCAUAUGUUUAUUUUAUGCAACUAUGCCUUUUGUUUCAGUUACAUAAACAAUGUACUUGUAGAAUUUCAUUGAAGGAAACUGGAAUGGAAGAGAUUUAAUAGUCCAUUUGAGAGUAAAUAAAUUUGAGUGAAAUUCUGUCAUUUUUAGUACUCUCGUUAUUUGUUAAUCUAUAAACAAGUGGAUUAAAUUAUCAUAUGCCAAAUGUUUGAAUUAUGACACUCAUGAAACCAGAGUUAAAUAGAAUUGAAAAUGUAUUCAAAGGGGGGGAAAAUAUCUAACAUAUUACUGGUAACAUACUAGAAACAAAAUCAAUUAAUUUCCCUAACAAUUAAUAACAGCCAUCUAAUUUACACACUUAUCUAUUAUUCUUUAAUAUUAAGGCAAUUACAGACAUUUGUCCCAUGAUUGCCUGUUUUCUUUCUUGUCUGAUCUCUUAUCGAUUUUAUUUUAAGGAAGAAAGGAAGCUUUACAGGAUGUUUAAUGGAGUAUUUCACAGUAUAAAGAUGCUACAGUCCAAAUCAGUACAUUUUCUGUUCACUAUUUGCUAAAGCCAUGCCUCCCUCUUUUUUAAGUAUCAAUACAUGUCAUUAAAACUAUUUUUUUUUCCAUUAUGACAUCAUAUAAUGUUCAAUAUAGUUCCAGGACCAAUACUGAAGACAUCCCUAUUGUCUCCUCUUUCUCCUAAUCCAUGUCCAGCCUCUCAUCAGCAUUAUGCACAUAUAGGUUUACAUAUAUGUGGGAAAGCUCUAUACAUUUAAGGGGAGAGACAAAUGUAGAUAGACAAUUAUAGAAAAAUGACAGUAAGCAAAUGUAAUCCUAUAGACAGGUGGUGGAAUUCAGGCAUAUUUGUAAUCCUCAAAUUUGCUACAGCAUUUCUGUGUGUUCCAUCAACAUUAUUCAAACUGCAUGUAAUAGUCCAUAUCCACUUCGUCAGUAAAUCAAAUCACUUACAUUUAGGUUAAAGGAUGCAUCUAUGCAUAAGAAAAUCCAAAAGGCUUCAUGGUAAAUAAAUCAAUAAAUGCAAUAAAUCGUAGAGAAAAAGCAGUGCAAUACUGAAAAUGUUUUGUCUAUAUACAUACACCAUUGUGAAAAAGUCCUUUUGAUCCCUCUGAUGCAAGGAGACAUGUAAUACCAUUACCCUUUAAAAACAAAACAAUGUUUCAUGUUCAAGUUUCAGAUCAAUUUCUAUCAAAUUAUACUGGAGUAUGGGAAAUACACCAUCUCUGAUCACCAGUUGAGGUUCCUCUGUUGGGUUAAGACCAAAAA